AUGGAGCCCAUCCUCGAUUCCAAGAAGAAGCUCGAGGACACGCCGGUGAUCGUCGGCGUGGCGGCGGACUCUGGAUGCGGCAAGCGGAAGCCUCAGUCCACCUUCUUGCGCCGCAUCCUGGGCGCUCUUGGCACCGAGGUCGAGCCCGGGCACACGGCCAUCGGCGACAUGAUGACGGUGAUCUGCCUGGACGACUACCACACCAACGACCGCGCCGGACGCAAGGCCACGGGGCUCACGGCGCUGGACGCCCGGGAGAACGACUUCGACCUGAUGGGCGUUCAGAUCGAGGCCCUCAAGAAGGGUAAGGCGGUGUACAAGCCCAUCUACAACCACGACACCGGCAACAAGGACCCUCCUGAGCUCAUCGAGCCCAACAAGGUCAUGGUCUUCGAGGGUCUUCACCCCAUCUACGACGAGAAGGCCCGAACUCAGCUGGACCUCGCCAUUUACAUCGACAUCGUGAACGACGUGAAGUUCGCCUGGAAGGUGCAGCGCGACGUGGAGGAGCGUGGCUGGACCGAGGAGCAGGUGCGCGAGGACAUCGAGAAGCGCUUGCCGGACUUCUCCAAGUACGUGGACCCGCAGAAGGCCAACGCGGACGUGGUGCUGCGCUAUGAGCCUUCGGACCAGGGCCUGCCCUACCUCAAGGUGAAGCUGAUCCAGAAGAAGGGCGGGAACUUCCCCAUGGUGACGUUGAAGAAGGACUUGGAGCUUAAGGGCAGCAAGCCGGGCGCCACUCUGAAGAUGUACGACGACGACUGGCGGGGAUCGAAUCGACAGAGUCGCGAGUCCCGAGUCCCACCUUUUUGGUUGUUGCAAUCGACAGAACCUUCUGCGCACCAGCUAGAUCAAUUUCCCGAGAUGUCCGGUAGUUCGGCAACGCGGUGA